GAUGGUCGUUGGCGCUCUCUCUAUGGGAUCCUGAAAGCGAAUCUGUUGUUCUUGUUCGGCCAACAGACGGAUGUUGGCAUCGAAGCGCCGAGUAUAAUUUUGAUACUGGAAGAUUGCUACAUAGAAUUGUGUGAUGAUAACGCAACUGGACACUUGUAUUCCUUCCAAGUGGUGCUAAAAACGACCGGAAGAACGUUCACAUUUGCUGCAGAUGGUUUCAAAGCUCUGGAAAGGUGGAUCUCUUCAUUAACUGUUGCCUCGGUGGAAUAUAUUAACAUCACAAAGCAGUCGUUCUUGGAACAGAUAGCAGCUGCCGGUGAUGCAAAAAAGACGAAUGAUUAA